GACGAAGCGCCUGGCACAGGAUACAGCGGCGAAAGCGAAAUACAUAUUUAAGCUGGGACACCUCGCCGCAUCGUAAUAGUAAAUUAAUAGUAGUACAACUACUACUGCAGUUGUAGGCGGCGCUUUUCAAUCGAAUCGCAAAGAGGAUAAUGGCGUGGCAGAGAGAGAAACGUGCGGCGAAGGAGGAGCAGGAGGGGGAGUGCAAGGACCACGAGGCUGUUUCAUUAAAAUUGGGAUACAGACAAAACGCGGCUCGCAGGAUACCGGAUACGUCUGUGUGCGUUUGUGUGCCGCAUCCAUUCAGGAGGCAACAAAGAAAAGGGACGGAAGACAUUUUUCAGUGGUGACUUUCUCGACACAAUCCUUAAAAAAAAGGACAAAACGGUUCAGUCCCUAUUCACUCGGUCUCUCGGUCUUCGGUUUCGGGGUAGUUCCUCAAUCUCCCAGAAGAAGCAGAGCAAGAUGAUGAACCUCAAGGAGAAGCCGUCGAGGAAACCGCUUCGCAAAUAUUCGGCGCCCUUUCGCCUCAAAUCGCCAAAAAUAAUAUGGAGAAUCAAGAAAAUAUAUGCACGAGGUGGCGAAAGCUCGGCGAGAAUUCGGCGGCAGAUGACAAGGACAACGCCACGCACAUGGCGGCAAGGCUACAACAAGGAUACAGGAUACGGCCAACCGGAUAUUAAACUAUCAACACUAGCCAGCACAGCACAGCGAAACUGAGGCACAACUAUUAGCGUUCUGUUGGGUGAAAAGGAACAGGACACCAUGGCGGAAAUGGGAACAGCUCCUGCGGCCACCAGGGAGUUCGUCGAGGGUUGGACUUUGGCCCAAACUCUGGGCGAAGGAGCCUACGGCGAGGUGAAGCUGCUAAUCAACCGGCAGACUGGCGAGGCUGUGGCCAUGAAAAUGGUGGACCUCAAGAAGCAUCCGGAUGCGGCGAACUCGGUGCGCAAGGAGGUCUGCAUACAGAAGAUGCUCCAGGACACGCACAUCCUGCGAUUUUUCGGCAAGCGCUCGCAGGGCACCGUGGAGUACAUUUUCCUCGAGUACGCCGCCGGCGGGGAGCUAUUCGAUCGAAUUGAGCCCGAUGUGGGAAUGCCGCAGCAUGAGGCCCAGAGAUAUUUCACACAGCUCCUGUCCGGCUUAAACUAUCUGCACCAGCGUGGGAUCGCCCAUCGGGAUCUGAAGCCUGAGAAUCUGCUGCUGGACGAGCACGACAACGUGAAAAUAUCGGACUUUGGCAUGGCCACCAUGUUUAGGUGCAAGGGCAAGGAGCGGCUGCUGGACAAACGCUGCGGCACCUUGCCGUACGUGGCGCCCGAGGUGCUCCAGAAGGCCUAUCACGCCCAGCCGGCGGAUCUGUGGUCCUGUGGCGUCAUUCUGGUCACCAUGCUGGCGGGUGAACUGCCCUGGGAUCAGCCCUCCAGCAGCUGCACGGAGUUCAUCAACUGGAAGGACAACGACCACUGGCAACUGCAGACGCCCUGGAGCAAGCUGGACACCUUGGCCAUUUCGCUGCUCCGCAAGCUCUUGGCCACCAGUCCCGGCACGCGGCUAACCCUGGAGAAAACCCUGGAUCACAAGUGGUGCAACAUGCAGUUUGCAGACAAUGAACGUUCCUAUGACCUGGUGGACUCGGCGGCUGCCUUGGAGAUUUGCUCGCCAAAGGCCAAGAGGCAGCGCCUGCAGUCGAGCGCCCACCUGAGCAGCGGCCUGGAGGACUCCAUCUCGCGGAACUACUGCUCCCAGCCCAUGCCCACCAUGCGCAGCGAUGACGACUUCAAUGUGCGACUGGGCGGCAGUGGUCGGUCCAAGGAGGAGGGUGGCGAUCGCCAGGCCUUCGCCCAGGAGGCACGACCCAGCUACUCCUUCUCACAGCCAGCUCUGCUGGACGAUCUCCUGCUGGCCACGCAAAUGAACCAGACGCAGAGCGCCUCACAGAACUACUUCCAGCGCUUGGUGCGGAGAAUGACGCGAUUCUUUGUGACCACGCGGUGGGACGACACCAUCAAGCGGCUGGUGGGCACUAUCGAGCGACUGGGUGGCUAUACCUGCAAAGUGGGUGACGACGGUGUGGUCACCGUUUCCACCGUCGAUCGGAACAAGCUGCGGCUGGUCUUCAAGGCGCACAUCAUCGAGAUGGAUGGCAAGAUUCUGGUGGACUUCCGGCUGUCCAAGGGCUGCGGUUUGGAGUUCAAGCGACGCUUCAUCAAGAUCAAGAAUGCUCUGGAGGAUAUUGUGCUGAAGGGACCCACCACCUGGCCCAUUGCGAUUGCUACCAAUUCGGUGCCUUAGCUUGUAGUUCAUUUGGACCUUAACGUACCUCUCUUUAAUAUUUUUACAAUUACUGUCUAGCUUGUAGAGCAACUCAUGCAUCACCUUCGAUUAGAUAUUCUAAACCUCUCAAUGUGCUAACUUAUUUUUAAUUCAUUGCAUUGUUUACGAUUACGUUAUGUAGUAUUGUUAAGCGGGCUCUCCUACGAUUUUAAUUUUGUUGAGUUUUAAAGCGAAUGCCGAGUAUUGAAAGUUAGUUUAAGGCGUUAUGAAACAAUAAAUCGAGUACGAUUUUGAUAGAAA